CGAAGCCCUGGUCGAGCCCACCGACAGCAAGUUCAACGACAACGCCUGGCACGCUGUCCGGAUCUCCCGCAACCUGCGCCAGGUCACCAUAUCAGUGGAUGGCUUGUUGACGACCACAGGCUACACCCAGGAGGACUACACCAUGCUGGGUUCUGAUGACUUCUUCUAUGUGGGAGGCAGUCCAAACACGGCCGACCUGCCCGGCUCUCCGGUCAGCAACAACUUCAUGGGCUGCCUCAAAGAUGUGGUCUACACCAAUAACGAGUUUCGGCUGGAUCUCUCUCGGUUGGCCGAGCUCCGAGACCCCAAGGUGAACCUGCACGGCGACCUGACCUUCCGCUGCGAGGACGUGGCCGCGCUCGACCCCAUCAGCUUCGACACGUCCGCUGCGUACGUCGCCCUUCCUCGCUGGAGCACCAAAAAGACCGGCUCGAUCUCCUUCGACUUCCGCACCACCGAGUCCAACGGCCUGCUGCUGUUCAGCCACGGGAGGGUCCAGGGUCCCCGAGAGCGCCGGCCCAGGGUGGACUUCUUUGCCAUGGAGCUGCUGGACGGCUUUCUUUUCCUUCUGAUGGAUAUGGGCUCCGGAAGCAUUAAGAUAAAAGCCAGCAGCAAGAGGGUGAACGAUGGCGAGUGGUGCCACGUGGAUAUCCAGCGAGAGGGAAGGAAAGGCUCCAUCUCGGUGAAUGGCCGCAGCUUACCCUUCUCCACCAACGAAGGAAGCGAGGUCCUGGACCUGGACAGUGACCUGUACCUGGGAGGUCUCCCCGAGGACAGUAAGGUCCUGCCGCUACCCCCCGAGGUAUGGACGGCGUCCCUGCGGCUGGGUUUCGUGGGCUGCAUGCGGGACAUUUUUGUGGACGGACGAAGCCGGGACCUGCGGCGCCUGGCGGAGCUACAGAGCGCGGUAGGGGUCAGUGUUUCCUGCACGCGUGAGACCCACCGGCGCUGCAGCAGCGAGCCCUGCGCUCAUGGUGGGCACUGCUAUGAAGGCUGGAACCGGCAUGUCUGUGACUGCACCGGGACUGGAUACCUGGGACCCAGCUGUGAAACCGAGUCGACGGUGCUGAGCUACGAUGGCAGCAUGUUCCUGAAAGUGCUCAUGCCUCGUGCCAUGCACACGGAGGCCGAGGACGUCUCACUGCGCUUCAUGUCUCAGAGGGCGUUCGGACUGCUCAUGGCCACCACCUCCUCAGAGUCCGCCGACACCCUGCGCCUGGAGCUGGACGGAGGAAAAGUCAAACUCACCAUCAACUUAGAUUGUAUCGGGAUAGACUGUAACCUUAGUAAAGGACCGGAGACUCUGAAUGCAGGGCACAAGCUGAAUGACAAUGAGUGGCACUCUGUGAAGGUGGUGCGCCGUGGCAAGAGCCUGCAGCUCUCUGUAGACAACGUGACGGUAGAGGGCCAGAUGAGCGGAGCCCACACACAGCUGGAGUUCCACCACAUCGAGACUGGAAUCAUGACGGAGCGCCGCUUCAUUUCUGUCAUGCCCUCAAAUUUCAUCGGGCACCUGCAGGGCCUUACAUUCAACGGUGUGCCGUACCUGGACCAGUGCAAAAAUGGUGACAUCUCGAACUGCGAGCUGAACGCUCGUUUUGGUAUGCGGCGCAUCGUGGCCAAGCCGGUGAGCUUUAGGACACGAGCCAGCUACCUGGCGCUGUCCACCCUACAGGCCUACACGUCCAUGCACCUCUUUUUCCAGUUUAAGACCACCAGCCCCGAUGGCCUGCUGCUUUUCAACUCGGGAGAUGGAAGCGACUUCAUUGUGGUGGAGCUGGUCAAAGGGUACAUCCAUUAUGUGUUCGAUUUGGGCAACGGACCGUCACUAAUGAAGGGCAACUCUGACAAGCCCCUUAAUGACAACCAGUGGCACAAUGUGUUGGUGUCUCGAGAUGAUAACAACGUGCAUACGCUCAAGAUCGACUCUCGCACCGUCACCCAGCACUCCAAUGGUGCCCGCAACUUGGACCUUAAAGGGGAGCUGUACAUUGGCGGUGUGGGGAAGAGCAUGUACAACAGCCUGCCCAAGUUAAUAGCAUCUCGGGACGGUUAUCAGGGCUGCCUGGCCUCUGUCGACCUGAAUGGCAGACUGCCAGACCUGAUCAGUGACGCCCUGCAUAAGGUGGGCCAGGUGGAAAAAGGAUGCGAUGCUGGCCCAGGAACCACCUGCACAGAGGACUCCUGUGCCCAUCAAGGGGUGUGUCUACAGCAGUGGGAGGGCUUUACCUGUGACUGCACCAUGACCACAUUUGGUGGGCCUCGCUGCAGUGACCCUGGGACCACAUAUAUCUUCGGAAGAGGUGGAGCCCUCAUUACGUAUACCUGGGCCCCUAAUGAGCGUCCAAGCACCAGGGCGGACCGGCUGGCCGUGGGCUUCAGCACGCAGUUAAAAGAUGCCAUCCUGGUUCAGGUGGAGAGUACGCAGGGUUUGGGAGACUACCUGCAGCUACACAUAGAACAUGGAAAAAUAGGUGUGAUCUUCAAUGUUGGCACUGAUGACAUCACCAUAGAUGAGCCAGCAGUCAUUGUAAGCGAUGGCAAGUACCACGUGGUGCGCUUCACCCGAAGCGGUGGGAACGCCACUCUCCAGGUGGACAACCAGCCCGUCAUCGAGCGUUAUCCAUCAGGGCGACAGCUGACCAUCUUCAACAGUCAAGCGGCCAUUAAGAUUGGCGGUCAGGAUAAAGGCCGGCCAUUUCAGGGCCAGAUCUCAGGCCUGUACUACAAUGGGCUGCAGGUCCUAAAACUGGCAGCAGAGGGUGACCCCAGCGUAAAGGUGGAGGGCAAUCUGCGUUUGGUAGGAGACGCGCCGUCUGUCUUGUCCACCGAGACCACCUCGGCCACGCCUCCGGCUGCUGUGGACAUGUCCACCACGAUUAUGGAGACCACCACAACCAUGGCUACAACCACCACUCGCAGACAGCGUUCACCCAGUCUUAAGGACAGCAUCACACAGAACUCUGACGAUCUGUUGGUGGCGUCAGCAGAGUGCCCCAGUGAUGAUGAGGACCUGGAGGAGUGUGAACCUGGCACAGCUCGGCCCUCUGCUUCGGUGGAGAAGGGUCUCCCAGGCGCCGUCGAGGUGAUCCGCGAGUCCAGCAGCACCACGGGCAUGGUAGUGGGCAUCGUCGCGGCCGCUGCCCUGUGCAUCCUCAUCCUUCUGUACGCCAUGUACAAGUAUCGCAACCGCGACGAGGGAUCCUACCAGGUGGAGCAGAGACGUGGCUCAGGCUCAGAGAGCAACGGAGCAGUUGUCAAGGAGAAGACGCCGGGUACGACCGGUUCCAUGUCCAAGACGGUCGCCAAAGGGAAAAAAAAUAAGGACAAAGAGUAUUAUGUCUGAGAGAAGAGUGGGAGAGAAAGAGAGAGAGGGUUUAGUGGGUUGGGGAUUUUAGAAAUCGCCUCAUCCUUAAAGCCUCAUUGUCACAGUUUCAUCAAUUUUACUAAAAGUUGCUAAGGAAAAGUACUAAU